AUGGCGGACUAUGACAGGCGCCAGUCCGGCGGAUAUAAUAACCGCAAGAGGCGAUAUAGAGAGGACGAUGAUCACCACGAUCGCCGUCAACAGCGCCGACGCACAGAUUCUGCCCCUGUACCGGUCCGUCUCCGACGUCAACUUCUGAGCCUUGCCGAUUCCCCAUUGCGCCGAUGGGCCGAAGAAGUCACGGCCAUUGCGCGAAUGGUCGCGGACAACUACGACGAUGAGAACCUGCGCAAUAACUUUGUCAACCUUGUCGUGCAGCUGGCCGUGGAGCAACCUCUGAAAGCACCCUUUGUUGGUGCCGUCGUGGUGGUGGCCAACACGCUCAAGCCUGAACUGGUGGAUGCCGUGCUUGCUCGUCUGGCAACAGAGCUGGAGCAGAAUAUCGCAAAGGGCCAGUGGAGAGAAGUGAAGCUCCUGUUGAAGCUGCUUGCGUGCCUGCAGGGGUGCUUGGAGGGGAACGGCAUCUUUCCCUUGCUUGAAGAGCUGUUUGUCAGGGCUGCACAUUUGCAGACGGCCAGCUCCGAUGACGUUAUCGGAACAGAAAUCGUCAAGAUUAUUCUCCUGACCAUCCCUUAUGCGAUGGCUGCUGCACCGGGUCGGUUUGCUCAACAAGCCGCCGACAUUAUGGAAAAGACGGACGUCAUUGCCUCGGAACCACACGCGCUCCAAGCCCUCGUUGAUCCGUUCCACCCCGAAGGAGAUGACGAAAGCCCUGCCGCAUCAAUGAGCCUGUGUAUGCUUCUCCAGAAGCAGCUGCAGGCCGAGGCGUCCAAGGGCUGGCCGUUGGCUUGCAUCCCUCGACCCUGGCAGAUGCCCCUGGAGGAGGUUGAGAUUCAAGAGAAGCUCGGGAAUGCGACAAAGCAUGCUGUCCCUGCCAUUGCCGUCCCGCCCACAGCCAUUGCCGGGCCUCGUAUCCUGUUCCCGGAAAUUUACUUUUCUGUGUACGGUGACCAAGAGGUCGAAUCGGUCCCGCCUCCAAGCAACAUUGCCACGUCUCUCAUCCGCGACUCGCUGGCCGACACCAUCAACGUUCUGGACUUCAACAGGAACGCCACUGCUCGAUUCUUGAUGGAUCUUGAUUGCUAUUUUGCGGACGGAACGUUCGUGAAACGGGCGACUCCGUUUGAUGAGCUACGCAACCAGCCUGAUGGUCGCUCGACGUGGAAGCCCGAAGACGUUGCAGUGGAUGCCGUCUUCUCACAGCUUUUCCAGCUCCCCAAGUCUGAACACAAGGUCGUCUACUACCACGCCGUCUUGACGGAAGCCUGCAAACUUGCCCCAGCAGCCAUUGCUCCUAGCCUCGGCAGAGCCAUACGAUUUCUGUACCGCAACACGCCACGGACAGAUCUGGAGCUCAGCCAUCGUUUCUUGGACUGGUUUUCGCAUCACCUCAGUAACUUUGGCUUCACUUGGAAGUGGGCUGAGUGGUCAGAGGAUACAGCUUUACCUGACCUUCACCCGCGCAAAUGGUUCCUGCUCGGCGCCUUGGACAAGGAGAUCCGGCUGAGUUUUGCACAGAGAAUACAAAAGACGUUGCCAGAACCAUACCAGCGUCUUAUUGGGCCCGAAAAAGAGAAGGACGUGCCUGAUUUUAAGUACAUGAACUCGGAUACCCCGUUUGCCAAGGAAGGCCAAGAAAUCAGUGGUCUCCUCCGACGCAAAGCACCAGAUGAGGAAAUCCAGCCGUUGAUGGACAGCAUCCAAGCCCAGGCCCGGGAACAAGCUCUGGACCCCGUCGUCGCCAGCACGGACGUCUUCGUGACAGCCGUGUGCUGGGUGGGAUCCAAGUCGCUGAGCCACGUGCUGGCAUGCAUCGACCGCGUCAAGGGCCGCCUCAUCGACGUGGGCAGCGCGCACCCGGGCGCCCGGGCCCAAAUCAUCUCGUCCAUCAUGGACUACUGGGCCGCGCACCCUGGCGUGGCCAUCAUCAUCAUCGAAAAGCUGCUCAACUACUCCAUCCUGACGCCCCUCUCCAUCGUGGACUGGACCCUCGUCGCCGCCAGCACCGCGCCCAACGGCGCGCGGGGGGGCGCGGCCCUCGGCGACGCCCACAUGCUUGAGCUCGUCGCCAACACCGUCGCCAAGGUCAGCGGCCGCGUGCGCCAGCUCCUCACGUCGCCAGACGCGGACGGCGGCACGUGCGACAAGGAGGUCUCGUCGAUGCGGGACCUGUUCGCCGCCGUCAACGACGCCCUGGCCAGCUGGGCAUCGGGCACCAAGGACCAGCUCAUGGAGGACGGGGACGGGUCCUCUGAGCGGGAGGCCAUGAUCCGCAGAUGGGGCCAGCGCUGGCUGCGCGUCUUCCAGCGCCUGGCCGCCAUGGAGGAGACGUUUGUCGCCGAGGCCAGAAGCGGCCGGUGGGCGACGCAAGAAGACGCCGUGGCUGCGCCCGAGGCAAAGAACGCCCGGGACCGGGACCGGGACCGGGACCAGGACCAGGAUCACAGUAUUGCGUAG